AGGGUGUGUGUUUGUGUGUGUGUGUGUGUGUGUGUGUGUGUGGUAUGGGAUGGGAGUGUAACCCUGAACUCGAAGGGAUUUGUUGUUGUUUUCAUUUUUAAUUGGAAGUCAAUCGAUAACGAGGCGCGCGCUUUGAUGAGGUCGCCAUGCGCGCGGAUCUGCUCGUUGCCCUGCUGCUGUGCCAGGAGCUGCUCGGUGCGCGCGCCACAGGAACCGCAAAGGGAAGGAGGAAUGUUCACACCUGCAGCCAACUCAGAUCCCGAAGAGAUGCUGCAAGAACAGAGGAGGGAAUUCGCAAGGCUGGAAGUCCUAUUCUGAAAAGGAGCCCCGACAUCACAAAGGGCUCUGUGCCGAAAUCCGAGCACCUCCUCCGGAUCGAUCACCACGAUUUCACGAUGCGGCCUGGCUUUGGAGGUCCUGCGGUUCCUGUAGGUGUGGAUGUGCAAGUUGAAAGUCUGGACACUAUCUCCGAAGUGGAUAUGGACUUCACCAUGACCCUGUACCUGAGGCACUAUUGGAAAGACGAGCGUCUGUCCUUUCCAGGAAAGACCAACCAGAGCAUGACCUUCGAUAGCCGCUUGUUAAAGAAAAUCUGGGUCCCUGAUAUGUUCUUCGUCCAUUCCAAACGCUCCUUCAUCCACGACACGACAACGGACAACGUCAUGCUGAGGGUCUUUCCGGACGGCAAAGUGCUCUAUAGUGUCAGGGUCACAGUUACAGCGAUGUGUAAUAUGGACCUCAGCCGCUUUCCUCUGGACACCCAGACAUGCUCACUGGAGAUCGAAAGCUAUGCCUACACCGACGACGAUCUGAUGCUCUACUGGAAGAAGGGGAACGACUCCCUGCAGACCGACGACAAGAUCUCGCUUUCACAGUUCCUCAUUCAGGAGUUUCACACUACCACUAAACUAGCCUUCUACAGCAGCACAGGUUGGUACAACCGUCUGUACAUCACGUUCACCCUGAGGCGUCACAUUUUCUUCUUCCUGCUGCAGACCUACUUUCCCGCCACCCUGAUGGUCAUGCUGUCCUGGGUGUCCUUCUGGAUUGACCGGCGUGCCGUCCCCGCCCGAGUCCCUCUUGGCAUCACUACGGUGCUCACCAUGUCCACCAUCAUCACAGGCGUUAACGCGUCCAUGCCCCGAGUGUCCUACAUCAAAGCCGUGGACAUCUACCUGUGGGUCAGCUUCGUCUUUGUCUUCCUGUCCGUCAUUGAGUAUGCAGCGGUCAACUACCUGUCUACUCUUCAGGAACGCAAAGAAAGGAAGCUCAGGGAGAGGCUGCCGUGCACCUGCAAGAUGUUUCACGAGGGCCACCUGAUGAUGAGCAGCAGCUACAGCGAGAUGGACACCAUGACCACCGGGCAUUACGGCGUGUCCGAGAUGAACGGAGAAAAGCGUGAGCACGUGUUGGUUCACCUGGCUCUAGACAAGGAGCAAAGCUCUCACGGCCGAGCUGAAAAAACCCGUUCGUACGCCAGCCUCUGGAUCGACACUCAUGCCAUCGACAAGUACUCGCGUGUGAUCUUCCCAGGAGCAUACACCAUCUUCAACAUCAUAUACUGGUCCAUUUAUUCCUAACAGCUGCCGAAGUGUGCGUUCUCAUCUACAGAGUCAUCACCUGACCAGUCUGCUCCAACAGCUGCAAGUCAUCUAGAAUAAAGAUCUCACUGAAUAUCAAGACUGGUAGAAACAAACCAAGAAAACAAGCCCACACACCGUAUGUCUGUCUUCCCAUACACUUGCAGGAACAUAGCUGGGUCUUUGGAUGUGCUAGCAUGAAAUUUCCCCUUCACUUGAUCCAGAAGACCCAAAUGUCCCACCAUCAUAAUGCUCCUGCACACAAAACCUUCCAUGAAGAUAUUCUACAUCUAAUACUUCUUCUAUAUCUUGCCUCGUCUUUCAUCGCUUGUUGAAAUGAGCAAAACUAUUAGCGAAAAUGCCAAAAUAGCAUCAUUCAUUUCACUGAUACAAAUGAGUAGUUGAGGGUUAUGGGUUUACCUUAAUGGCCGAGCACUAUCAGCAUUGUGCUGCUGGGAUUUGCACUUACAAUCUUCUCACCAUAAGUCCAACAUCUUGGUGAAACUAAGAACACCGUAACCAAGGUGAAGCACGGUGGCGGGAGUUUCAUGAUACAGUAAAUGUCUGCUAUUCAGCAAAACGCCACCGGGGGCAUCAAACCUGGAUAGAGUGAUGCACAGGAAAAUAUUUGUGGAGAAUUUAAUGUCAUUAUCCAGGGGUCAUUUUGGUGCUCUAUCUCUCUAUCCAGAAAUACAGUACGCUAUAUCAGGUGUUCGGCCAUUUUGUACUGAUUUUCUGAAAUUAUACUGAAAUUCUGAGCAAAUUAGUGAGUAGAUUUUAUGGUGUUUAUGUCUGGAAUCAGAAUGAAAGACUCCACAGUAAUCGUUGGUACAUAAUGUAUGUUAAUAAAUAUCUGUUUGGUCUUGUUCAUUUGAUUUUUUUUUUUAAAUAAAUGUAAUAAAUGUGA